UCCUUAACUUUCUGUCUGUCUCUCUCCUUCCUCACCACCGACGAACUCUCUCUCUCUCUCUCUCUGCCUUUGAGAAUCCAAAAACAAAAGAGAAAACACAAGCUCGAUCGUCUUACGAGAUAAUCCCAAUCGUCUUCUAAAUUUUUUCACACAACUUUUAACUAUAUGCUUAAAUUUACAGAACAGGUCGCUAUAAGAUUUUAGAGAAUAUGCAUACAUUGAAAGAAAAAGUCUCAAACCAGCUCUCCCGUUUCUUUGGUGAAUCUCAAAAUUCUUCUUCUUCUUCUUCUUCUUCUCCUCCUCCUCUUGACCCUCCCUCUUCAUCACCCGAUUCCCAGGCCGGGUCGUUCUCUAAUGGGGGGAAAUCAGUUUCUUCAUAUUUUCCCUUCACGGUCCCUUCAUUAAACUUUGGUAGGUCUCGAUCAAACAAAUACCAAGAAGAGUUAAAACCAAUUAAAUCACUGCUUGUUACAUGGGGUCUUAAAGGCUUCAAACCGGAAGAUGAGCACUCAGUUAGUUAUCAUGAAUGCAACACCAUAUCUGAGGAUGAAAACUUACAAAAUUUUAGUGAAGACAGCAAAGAAAGCAUUGAAGUUAGUGUCAACAAACAAACAGAUAAAACCCUUGACAGCAAUGAGGUGAGUGCCUCUGGAAGGAGCAGUAGUGAUAGUGAUAUAUUUGAGGAAGCACGAGAGCAGCAAACUCCAUGUAGCCCAGUGCUCCAUCUCAUGGUCGAGUCAACUUUUAUUUCCUCUGAAUUAUACGAAUUCUUGCACGCUUCCCUUCCUAACAUAGUGAAGGGAUGCCAAUGGGUUUUGUUAUAUAGUACGUUAAAGCAUGGAAUAUCACUCCGGACACUUAUUCGCAAGAGUGCAGAUCUUCCUGGGCCCUGUGUGUUGAUUGUUGGUGAUAGACAAGGUGCUGUAUUUGGUGGUCUGCUAGAAUGUCCAUUGAAACCUACACCCAAGAGAAAAUAUCAGGGGACAAACCAGACAUUUGUAUUUACAACUAUAUAUGGUGAACCAAGGCUGUUUAGAGCAACUGGCGCCAACCGAUAUUAUUACAUGUGUUUGAAUGACUUACUAGCACUUGGUGGUGGCUGUAACUUUGCUUUGUGCUUGGAUGGAGACCUGUUAAAUGGAACUAGUGGACCUUGUGAAACAUUUGGGAACCUAUGCCUGGCCCACCAACCAGAAUUUGAAUUAAAAAAUGUGGAGCUUUGGGGGUUUACACAUUCAUCAAAAUUCCUUUCCUGACGCAAGGAGAUGGAAGCUUGUCAUUUUAUCUUCAUUGAUUAUUCGUGAUGUCAUUCAUUAUUCUUUCAAUUAUGAAGUGCUAAUUAUUGGCAAUAGCUACUGGUAAAUGCUAUGAAUUUCUGCAGCGGAAUUCAUUACUUGCUAUCAAGGAGUGCUGCAGUCUAAAGUUGAUGGCCUUUAGAAUGGAUAUCCCUCUUUCAAAUACGUAGUGAACUGUAAUUUGCCCAGCUGUAUUGUUGUAAAAUUAGGUAAGGGAGUGCAGCUAUUGUAAGGCAGGGGAAAAAAAGAGGAGGAACCAGUGGGCACAUAGAUGUUUAUCUUUAGUAUGGUUUUAACAUAUUUGAGAGUUUUUCUGAUUAUUAUAUCAGUAGGUUCAUUUGGGUGAUUUCUUCUCCCUUGGGUUCAUUUGAUCAAAUAUAUAUUGAUGGCAGAUUUGUUCAAAUUGAAAAAAAUUAUUGUAUA